AUGCCGAGGGGACCCGGCGGCGAGCCUGCCCCAACGACACCACAACAAGUUGCCCUGAAGUACUUCCUGUCGUGUUCAGCAGCUUUGGUCGCGGAGACAGUAACCUACCCUCUGGACAUCACAAAAACACGACUCCAAAUAGUGCGCCAUGGCCCGCACGGGCAUACAAGUAAAGCAACAGGGAUGAUGAGCGUCACUUAUGAUAUAGUAAAAAACGAAGGCGCGAUGAGCUUAUGGCGCGGCGUCGCACCUGCAAUCUAUAGGCAUUAUGGCAGAUACACUGGCACCUUUGACGCAUUUCGAGCCGUCUACCGAUCUCACGGCUUUUUCGGACUUUGGAUGGGCUGGGUGCCGAACUGCCAACGGGCAGCGCUUUUGAAUAUGGCUGAUUUGGCAACCUACGAUCGAUUAAUGGCGGCAAUCGUCAGUACCCCUGCCGAUGUUGUGAAGACUCGAAUGAUGGAUCAAAUACGGCAUCUACACGAUUCUGACCCAAAUGGAAAACCAUCAAAAAUGCACAAAGGAAGCAUCGACUGCCUGAUGCAUAUCGUCAAACGCGAGGGCUUCUGGGCAUUGUAUCGCGGAUUCUUGCCUACCUAUAUAAGAAUGGCUCCCUGGUCGCUGACCUUCUGGAUUUCCUACGAAAAAAUCCGCUGGCUGACGGGAGCGCCGAGCUUC